AUGGAACUGUAUAAUUUAACAGGUACCUUGGAAUUCCUUCUCCUUGGGCUCUCAGAGGACCCUGAAAUGCAGCCCAUCUUAUUUGUACUGUUCCUGCUCAUAUACCUGUUCACUGUCCUUGGAAAUGUGCUCAUCAUCUUGGCCAUCGGCUCUGAUUCCCACCUCCACAGCCCCAUGUACUUCUUCCUCUAUUAUCUUUCAUUGUCUGACAUGGGCUUCAGCAGCACCACCAUACCAAAAAUGCUGAUAAACUUGCAGACCUAUAAGAAAUCCAUAACCUAUGUAGCGUGCCUAAGUCAAGUGUCUUUCUUCUUCCUUUUUGGAUGUAUGGACAGCCUACUACUCACAGUGAUGGCCUAUGACAGAUGGGUAGCCAUUUGUCACCCUCUACACUACCAAGUAUUUCUGAACCCUCGCCUAUGUAGAUGUUUGGUCAUAGUGUCAUUUUUCUUUAGCCUUAUGGAUUCACAAGUACAUUACUUGAUGGUGUCACAACUAAAAUUUUGCACUAAUUUAGAAAUCCCUCAUUUCUUCUGUGAUGUUACAGAGCUUCUAAAACUUGCAUGUACUGAUACUACUAUCAGCAAAAUAGUCAUAUUUCUUGCCAGCAUCAUUAUUGGUUUUCUCCCUGCCUCUGGAAUCCUUUACUCCUACUAUAAAAUUAUUUCCUCCAUUGUUAGAGUUACAUCAUCAUCAGGGAAAUAUAAAGCCUUCUCUACAUGUGGAUCUCACCUGUCAGUUGUUUGCUUAUUUUAUGGAACAGGUAUAGGGGUGUACCUUAGUUCAUCUAUUUCUAGUUCUUCCAAGCAAAGUGUGAUAGCUUCGGUAAUGUAUACCACGAUAGUUCCCAUGAUGAACCCCUUCAUCUAUAGCCUGAGGAACAAGGAUAUCAAGAGAGCCCUCCAGAAAAUUUUUACUCAAAUAACACAUCUAACAGUAAAAUCAAUUAAUGUAUAG